CUCACCGAGUGAAUGUAUGAAAACAUGUCCACAAUGGUGUAUUUAAAGGAAGAGAAGUUGGAGAAGCUUACUCAAGAUGAAAUCAUUGCCAAAACUAAGCAAGUGAUCAAUGGACUAGAGGCACUGAAGAAUGAACACAAUUCAAUUUUACAGAGCUUACUUGAAACACUGAAAUGUUUGAAGAAAGAUGACGAAACUAAUCUGGUUGAAGAAAAAUCAAACAUGAUUCGAAAGUCACUGGAAAUGCUGGAGCUUGGCCUUAGUGAAGCACAGGUAAUGAUGGCCUUGUCAAAUCACUUAAAUGCAGUGGAAUCAGAGAAGCAGAAACUGCGUGCUCAGGUUCGCCGGCUAUGCCAGGAAAAUCAGUGGCUACGGGAUGAACUAGCCAAUACACAGCAGAAACUACAGAAAAGUGAGCAGUCUGUGGCUCAGCUGGAGGAAGAAAAGAAACAUCUAGAGUUCAUGAAUCAAUUAAAAAAAUACGACGAUGACAUUUCACCAUCAGAGGAUAAAGAUACGGAUUCCACCAAAGAGCCUUUGGAUGACUUGUUUCCCAAUGAUGAGGAUGACCAAGGACAAGGAAUUCAACAGCAGCACAGCAGUGCAGCGGCUGCUGCCCAACAAGGUGGCUAUGAAAUUCCAGCAAGAUUACGGACCCUUCAUAAUCUUGUUAUUCAGUAUGCUUCCCAAGGGAGAUAUGAGGUUGCUGUGCCUCUCUGUAAACAAGCUCUUGAAGAUCUGGAGAAGACUUCGGGUCAUGACCAUCCUGAUGUUGCCACUAUGUUGAACAUACUUGCUUUGGUGUACAGAGACCAGAACAAAUACAAAGAUGCAGCAAAUCUCCUGAACGAUGCCUUGGCUAUCCGUGAAAAGACUUUGGGCAAAGAUCAUCCAGCGGUGGCAGCAACUCUAAACAACCUUGCAGUACUUUAUGGUAAACGGGGAAAGUACAAAGAAGCUGAACCACUUUGUAAGCGAGCUCUGGAAAUCAGAGAAAAGGUCCUGGGAAAAGAUCAUCCCGAUGUUGCCAAACAGUUAAAUAAUUUGGCUUUACUAUGCCAGAACCAGGGUAAAUAUGAGGAGGUUGAAUACUACUAUCAGAGGGCACUUGAAAUCUACCAAACUAAGCUGGGACCGGAUGAUCCAAAUGUUGCAAAAACGAAGAACAAUCUGGCAUCCUGCUACCUAAAACAAGGCAAGUUUAAGCAAGCAGAAACUUUAUACAAAGAGAUUCUUACUCGUGCCCACGAACGGGAGUUUGGCUCUGUAGAUGACGAAAAUAAGCCCAUCUGGAUGCAUGCAGAAGAGAGGGAAGAGUGCAAAGGGAAGCAAAAAGAUGGCACGUCUUUUGGAGAAUAUGGUGGUUGGUACAAAGCUUGCAAAGUUGACAGUCCAACAGUAACAACUACUUUAAAGAACCUUGGAGCACUUUACAGACGACAGGGCAAAUUUGAAGCUGCUGAAACAUUAGAAGAGGCAGCAAUGAGAUCUCGCAAACAGGGUCUUGACAAUGUUCACAAACAGAGAGUUGCUGAAGUGCUGAAUGACCCUGAGAGCAUAGAGAAAAGGCGGAGCCGGGAGAGCCUCAACGUGGACGUGGUAAAGUACGAGAGCGGCCCUGACGGAGGCGAGGAAGUGAGUAUGAGCGUAGAGUGGAACGGGGAUGGCACUGGAUCUCUAAAGCGCAGUGGUUCCUUUAGCAAGCUUCGUGCUUCCCUUAGACGCAGCAGUGAGAAGCUGGUUAGGAAGCUGAAGGGAGGAAAUUCACGGGACAGUGAACCAAAGAACCCAGGCAUGAAGCGUGCCAGUUCUCUGAAUGUUCUUAACAUGGGUGGCAAGGCUACUGAAGAUCAUUUUCAAGAACGAAAUAAUUGUCUGACAGACUCGCGAGCUCUGAGUGUCAGUCAUACAGAUUUGGCGCAUUGAGAUUUUGGACAGCAGCUAGUUAAUAUUCCUGUGUGAAUAAAGAAGCACUGAGACCUUCAAAGCUUUGGUUCCUCAUCCUUGUGUAUAGGAACACCUAGUUUGUAGAUGUUGUUGUUGUUGUUGUUGUUUUUUUUCUCCAAUGGACUGCUGUUUUUACUUUUUAAAUCGGGACGAUUUUAAACACAGCGUUAGUGUUUUCUUUACAGGAAAACUAUAGAUACAUAUUGCUCGUUGCACUGCUCCCAUUCAUGCUACUUACAUUGAUUUCUUUAAUAGAUCUGAGUAUUACAGCAGCCAAAAAAAAAAAGUAAAAAUACAAACACACUCAAAGCCUCCCAAAAUGCGGUGUUGUUUGAAAAUGCAGGCAAAACAAAGGGUUUGUCAGUAAAUACAUACAGGGCUGGAAUAAGAAAAGGAUAAGUUCUUGUGCAUUACUGUAUAAAUGCCAGUUGAGCAUUCUGUAGCUGGGGGGGGCUUGCCCUUGCACCACUGAUCCUUGUAAUGGGAGAAGCCUUGGCUGGCUGAACAGCACUUAGACACGACUAGACUGAGCUGGUAAAUUUUACAGAAGCAAUGGCUGGGGCUGUGUUACGUGUGAAUAGCAACACCUGUGACCAUAACUCCGCUAAUUUAAGUCUUAGGGCUCAGUAGUCAGUGGAGAUAGGAUGGGUUUUGUCCAUCAGGAGAAAUGGAAAAAACCCUUUACCUUGUGUGGUAGAAGAAUACCCGAGUUUUGGACUGCAACUGUCCCAGGGCAGCUGCGGCUGCUCUCAGGGGAACAUUGAGCCUCAGGUUGAUUUUCUCGCUUGUCCACUGGAAUCCACAAUCCCAUUCUCUGCUGAAAAGUGCCCCAACGUUUCCAUAUGGUGAUCCCAAAUCCUGCCUUUCUCCAUAAUAGCUGGUGACAGCAGAAGCAGGCAACUACACGCUGGGAUGUCACACUGUGGAGUAGCUGCUGUGCAAGCGACCACUCACAUCUUAAGGGCCUCCGUGGAAGCACCAGAUGGCCAAAAGUGGCAAGUGACCUGUGUGACCACAUAUCCACAUUAAAUCCACUUAGAUUUAUAUAUAUAUAUAUACACAUAUAUAUAUAUAUGCUGUGUGUAUACAGGACUGCUGCUGGAAUUAUGUAUGUUUUAAGGAUUUUAUAGACAUUAGGAUUUCCUUUUGCUUUUCUGUAAAGCUUGUAACUUUGUUCUUUUGUGAAAAUUCUUCGCGUGAAGUUGGAUGAGGAAGUAAAAAAAAAAACAAACAAAACCUGCUGGUGUGCGAACAAAUGUAUUUGUGGUCAUAGUUGUGAGCUGGAAAAUGCUGAACAAAUUUAACUUCGGGAAAAGCUGGAAUAUUCAAGGUCAGUGGUAACUGAAGGAGGUAAAAUAUAGGAAGAUACGCAAGUUUUAGUAUUUGAACAGGCUGUGAAAAGUCAUUAGAAUUAGCACUUAGGAAAAGUAUUUGACUGGGUUUGCACCUGGUUUUAAGUUGGUUACAGUAACUGAUGCAAAAAGGUGUCUGUGUAAUGCACUUAACUAUGUUUACCAGGAGGUACCGUCUGAGCAUCUCUUCAAAGAAAGCUGCGUGUGGUGCACCUGCUAUAGAGACAGUUUAGGAACGGUGAGAUACGAUGCUGCUAAUAAUUGUGUAGAGGUUUUAGCACAGAUUAGUGCAAUUCAUUAGUGAACUCGAGCAGGAACAGGUUGUUGCUCGGUUAUCUUAACAGUAGAUACUCGUGUAAUGUUGACUCUUGAGUUUUAAUCUUUUUAUUAAGAGCUUUUUAUAUUAAAAAAAUAUGUAAUAUAUAUACUUUUAUUUUUCCCUCCCUAAAGCAAAACAUUUUCUGUAAAAAUUGGCAAAUAGACUCUCUGCACAAAGGCAGACUGAGCUGGCUUUGCAAAAAGAACUGUAGGAGAGGCUGCCAGGCCAGGGGUGCCAUCUCUGGCCAGGAGGCAGCAGGAGAGCCCUGCCCCAGCCUUGUGCCCUGAGACACUCCCUGCAAACACCCCUUGGGUCCCUUUCCAACCAGCACACUGCUCCUGCUGCAGGAGCAGCUCCAUGGGUGGUGUUCCACUUGGGAGACCCUCACAAAAAUCUGACUUCAAAAAAAAAAAAAACAAAAACCACAAAACUAUUUAGUUACAGAACUGAUUCGGUAAUAAGGAAUUAGUUAAACUGGGCAAUGUGUUUCCCACAUUCGUCUUUCAGGUUUGAGAGGGGAAAAUGAUUUUUUGCAACCUCU